AUGAAAUCGAGGGCAUUUCCCCGCAUUACUAGUGUGACCGUCCUCCUGUCGAACACCCUGCGAGACUACCUACUGGCGGGUAUUGGCGCCACGUGCGGGCAGCUGAAAGAGUUAAAGCUGUUGACGGUGGACUGGGAGAGUUUCGAAGCCACUGCUAGUGGUUGGCGAUCCCUUGCUCGCCAAUGCCCCCAUCUGACUCAUCUCGAGCUCAGCUCCCGUUUCGCCCGCAAUACAUCCCGCCGCCGCUACGAAGACAGGACCGCCCUGCCGCCUCUCCACGCCUUCCCCUCACUCCGCGCCGUCACCCUCGGCUUCCACCCCAAGGAAAUCUCUCCCCUCCUCCGCUGUUCCGCGCUCACCUCUCUCUCGCUCUGGCAACCCACCGGCGGCGACCUUGCAUGCCUCGCGUCUCCCUGCUUCUCCCCCUCCUUCCGCUCGUCUCUCCAAUCCCUCACCAUUCAAUCUGGCAACUUAACGAACUACCUCCCCCGCGUAUCCUCCUUCACGUCCCUCUCCUCCCUCUCCCUCGAGUCUUGCACAUUCAACCCGUGCGAGCUUCACUCCCUCUCGCGCUCCCUCCACUCCCUCACGCACCUCACCAUCGACAACUGCCCCUCGGUCUGCGGCCGUGCCGUGGCAGCAAUGGUUCGAGCCAAUCCCUCACUCUCCUCCCUCUCUCUCUCCGGAAGCUCCUACCGUCUCUUCAGCUCCAAGCCCCUCUCAGCCGUGCUUCGCCUGUCGUCCCGUAAGCUGCAGACGCUCACGCUUGCGGGUCUGCCGUCGUUCCGCCCGGGUAUGCUUGCGGGGUGCAGCAGCCUUGAGUCGCUCACUCUCGAACGAACAGAGGGGUCGCUGGAAGGGCUGCUGGGCAUGCUCGUCAGGGCGGACGAGGCGGGGGGAUUGAUGGCACGACGUGUGGAUACGCCUGCGGACGGAGAGUACCGUGCUGGCGCAAUCCCCGAUGGGCCUCACCACUUGAUGCUGGAGAGGGAUCCGAGUGACGGCAUUCCCGAGGUGUCUCGUGAAGAGCUGUUCGCGACGCUAGAUGGGUUGUAUCAGCAGCUGCGCCCGCAUCAGUCGGCCAUGCGUGAGAGCGUUGAGGCGCUGCUUGCGGGGGAGGAUGUUGAGGGCAGGAUAGUUGGGGCGGUAGCAGCGGCGGGUGGGGCGGUAGCAGCGGCGGGAGGGAGUGCAAGAGGAGGUGCCUCUCCCGCUCAGCAGCAGCAGUCGUUUGAGAGCAUUGCCUUGGCGGCUGUGUUUGGUGGGCUGAGGCGGUUGGCAGUGGUGGCGUGCGGUGGGGUGGGGGAGGAGCAGCUGAGGGCAGUGUUGCGUGCAUGCCGGGUGUUGGUGGAGCUGAGAGUAGAGCGCAGCGAUGCCAUGUCCGAUGCCCUGCUACGAGCAUGCCCAAUCGACACUCUCACCCACGCCACUCUCAUCGCUUGCAACGGGAUCACGUCUGCUGGGGUGAUCGGGUUGCUUGAAAGCUUCCCAAGGCUGAGGCAGUUAAAGGUGGAAGCAGAUAAGGUUGCUGAAAGGGCACGAAGGAAGUUGCUGCGUGCUGGUGCGAUCAUCAGGGGGGUGUGA